AUGAGCCAAGUCUUAUCCUACCUCUUCUUGGGCUCGGCUGUGGAUGCAAGUAAUCUGGCUGCCCUCCGUGAGCAUCGCAUCACUGCCAUUCUCAACAUUACAACAGACGUGCCCAAUACAUUUGCGGACAGCCUGCAGUAUCAGCAGAUCCCCAUCCUCGACACGUCAGAACAAAACAUUCAAAACUAUUUCGAGGUUGCAUUUGAGUUUAUCAAUCAAGCUAAACAGUACGGGCGCAAUGUCUUGGUACACUGCCAGGCAGGCAUUUCUCGCUCCGCUGCCUUUGUCAUUGGCUACCUAAUGUACGAGCGCAACAUGAACUUGAACGAUGCCCACAAUUACGUAUCGGUCUGCCGAUCCAUUAUUUCCCCCAACUUGGCCUUUAUGGGCGAGCUGAAGGAGUACGAGGGCAAGCUGGCUCACGAUCGCUCCUCGAAAACGACUCCCACUUGCCCAAACCAAGUGAUUCAAGCCGUUCCCACGUGGUGA